CACAAAUAUCUCAUUCUACUCAUUCACAAAUCUCACAUCAUCCCAUUUCAAAUUUCCAAUUUUCGAAUUUUAUUUGAGAGUUAUUGAUUUAUUAUUUUCGAUAUAAUAUAAGAGAAAAUGUUGGCAAUAUUCAACAAAGGAUUGGUGGAUCCACCAAAGGAGCUCAACAGCCCGGUUUCACACCCAUCCGGGCCGGGUAACAAACCCAAGUACCCUCAAGAUAUUGUGAGGAUAUUUCAGCAAGCUUAUUCCAAUAAUGCCCCUCUUUCUAUUGGUUUUGGUAAUUCUGCUUUUCUUGCUUACUCCUCUUCCAAGGGACCUCAACUUCACCAAAAAAGGAUAUUCUGUGGGAUGGACAACAUGUACUGCAUAUUCUUGGGGAAUUUGAACAACUUGAACACGCUGAUCAAGCAAUAUGGUCUAGGGAAGGCUACCAAUGAGGCCAUGUUUGUAAUUGAAGCUUACCGGACCCUCCGAGACCGGGGUCCGUACCCGGCUGAUCAAGUUCUUAAGGAUCUUGAAGGCUGUUUUGGGUUUGUCAUCUAUGACGGAAAUGCUGGAACUGUUUUUACUGCUCUGGGGGCGGAUAAAAGAGUGCAACUUUUUUGGGGAAUUGCUGCUGAUGAAUCUGUGGUUAUCUCUGACAAUUUGGAUGUUAUUAAAGCAAGCUGUGCUAAAUCUUUUGCACCCUUCCCAUCUGGAUGUAUGUACCACAGUGAAGUAGGGCUAACUAGCUUCGAGCACCCAAAGAACAAAAUGAAGGCAAUGCCAAGAAUAGAUAGUGAAGGGGCAAUGUGUGGAGCUAAUUUUAAGGUUGAUGUCAGCUCAAAGAAAGCCAGCAUGCCUCGGGUUGGAAGUGAAGCUAAUUGGGCCUUUUCGGGUUCUCAAGCUUGAAUUAUUUCCAUAAUUUGGGACCUUUUUAUUUGCCAAUCUUAUCGAACUUAGGGUCCAUUUUAAUUAUUUCAAUUGUUAUUUUUUAAUUUUUAAAAGCUCUUCUUCGAGCAUUCCUCGUAGUUUAAGUAUUUCGGGACUUAUUUUGUAACAUGACUUACAUUUGAGCCUCCCACUCUUCAUGAGGGAAAUAUAUUCCUACUCCCUUAUGUAGUUAUGUGUACAGUUUACUAUCUGAGUUAUGUUUUAAUGGAAAAGGAGAAGUUUAUGAA